AUGCACCGAUCCAACGAGAGCAGAACCAGCGGGCCGCGUGUCGCUCCCGGCAGCAGAGUAUCACCCCGGAGACGCGGCCGGCCGGCUGUCGACUGGACAUGGUCGCGCAAGAGGCGGCUGCUCAGGCUGUACCUCUGCACGCCCGAGGCGGAGCUGCCACUCAAGAAGAUACUCGAGAUCCUGGCCACGGGGCCGUUCCGGCCAAAACCCCGCCACACGCAAUGUCUCCUCAAAGAUAUGCUGUCCAAAUCCUACCGCCAAAAGAGGCCCAAGAGCCGGGCCACCAUGAACGAGCGGCUGGCCUUUCUCCGUUCCGUCCGAGACGGGCGGCUCCCGAUGCACGCGCACACGGCUCCCCCCGGAGAAGUGCCCCAGGAGUGCGCAGUCAUCCUCCUUGACGCCCGUCCCGGCCGGCCAAAGUCGAAGCCGCAAGAAAGGCACGUGAGAGGCGAGUCCGAGCCCGAGGUCUUAACGUGCUCCCCACUGCAGCUGCAGCAGCCGCCUGACUCGGAGACCAACUCCAGUUUCGGGCCUCUAGAAAUUUCCGAGGAGCCGAAAUGGUUGCUGGGCGGCGAAUCCACGGAUGCGGAGACGCUGCCGCCUGUACUCUUCAGAAACCCAUGGUCUUCUCUCGAGGAGGCCAGGUAUGAGAAGGCCGAGCGCCUCGGGGAGCGGUGCCCGAGCAGGACGUCGUCGUUCCUCGCCGACGUGGCGAGCCUGCUCAGCGGGUUAUCGAUCCAGUCAAGUCUCUCCCGGUCACCGAGCUGUUCCUCUCGGCGGAGCACGCGGUCGGUCUCGUCCAGGGCAGAGGGAUUGUCAGGCUCAAAAGGCGAGCAAGAGGGGCCGGAAGAACGGCCGGCCGCGGCUCUGUCCGCGGCGAAGUACCUUGCCUGUUCCGCGGAUCUGCACGUGUCUGCUGACGCUGACGAGACAAUGCACUCGCCUUCCACGGCGAGAGACGCGUACGAGCUGGGCAGCAGUUCUCCUCACACGCUGGAGAACCAGGAACUGGUCAGGUUCUGCUGCGCUGCGCGGUUUGCGAUGAGGGCCAAGUGA